CCGUUCAGCGUCCCCGUUCUCAUGUCUGUGGGUGCUAGCGCUGCAGUAUCUUCAUCUAUCUCCAGCUUUCAAAGAAGAAAAAGAGAUGAGGAAAGGGCUAACAAAGUUAUUGCAUGCGAGUAGAUUAUAAAUUAUCAUAUUCCUAGGGAUUCAGGGCUGCUGCUGACAAGUAUGCAUCAAAAUUCUCUUCUGAUUUUAGAUUGGCGGUCCGUUUCAAUGCAACACCAUUGAAUUUGAAACCGGUCAGAGAUAAAAGAUGCUGCUAAAGAUAAGACUUAUCCACGAGUGCUGGAUGUUUUAUUUUAAAGACAGCCCAGAGGUGAAUAACUCUGUUCUUUUGCAUGAAAACAAAUUCUACAAUGUCUGGGGCGCCACAAUUUACAUUGUGACCACUACCUUAACUAUGAGAUGCAGAGCACCUUCAACAUCCACCUGAAGGUGUUAGCCUGCAACAUUGGGGUUUUCUGUUAAACCACUUUGGCAAUGGCGAGUACAAGAUGAGGAAAUAGCCUGACGAACCUGAGUUAUGAAGGAUGAUGAUCCGCCAUCAGCCAAAUGUACCAUGGGCUAAUGACAAAAGCCAGAAAUGCCCAUUUGGAGGAGAUGAUUAGCUUCCUUAGUCAGCAACAGUGAACAGUCACCACCCUCUGGAGAGGGGUUGGAGCAGAUACUCUCUUACGAUUCAAAUACACGCGUUGGUGAUCAAAGUCAGGAAUGCUAAAGGUGCGACCAACUCAAACAAGAUGAUUGCUCUGGACUAAUAUGAAAAAUUGUUCAAAGAGCAUGUUGAAAAAAGAGAGUAUCAAUACCCAUGUUCAAGCUGCUGUUGACAGAGUCAGUGGUUGUAUUGAAGCUGCAUUUCAGGCAGGUGACAUGACACUGAUCUUUUAACUGGUGCUCUGACUUGCAGGUGCAACUUCUGAUCAAUCCAUUAAUUGUCUCCAACUGUGAUUUCCCCUCCUCAUUAGGCAAUAUAUACAGAUACUUCAAUUGAGUCAAUUUAAAAGGCCUUAGUAGCAUCACAAGACCUCAAAAAACCAGAAAUGGAGAUCUGUUGGAGAAGACCAUUGUUGGCUUUGUUAUUUGCAUUUGCAUUAUCAUGUCUUGGAAGAGGGAAAGCACAAGAAUCAACAGCUCUUGUUCCAGCAAUCAUGACAUUUGGUGAUUCUGCUGUAGAUGUUGGCAACAAUAACUAUCUACCAACUCUUUUUAAGGCCAAUUACCCACCUUAUGGAAGAGACUUCACCAGUCACACACCCACUGGAAGGUUUUGCAAUGGCAAAUUAGCCACUGACUUCACUGCUGAAACUCUGGGUUUUACUAGUUUUGCACCUGCAUAUCUUAGCCCAGAGGCAUCAGGGAAGAACCUGUUGAUUGGAGCUAAUUUUGCUUCUGCUGCAUCUGGUUUUGAUGAGAAAGCAGCCUCAUUAAAUCAUGCAAUCCCACUGUCACAGCAACUACAGUACUUCAGGGAGUACCAGGGCAAGCUAACACAAGUGGCUGGUGCUGACAAAUCAGCAUCCAUAAUCAAAGAUUCUAUAUAUUUAUUGAGUGCUGGAAGUAGUGACUUUCUUCAGAACUACUAUGUUAAUCCUCUGAUUAACAGGGUUUACACAGCUGACCAAUAUGGCACAUACCUUGUUGGUUCAUUUACAAGCUUUGUUAAGGGUUUGUACGGUUUGGGGGCCAGGAAACUUGGGGUAACUUCACUGCCCCCAUUAGGUUGCCUUCCUGCAGCAAUUACUUUAUUUGGAUUUCAUGAGCCAGGAUGUGUGUCUAGGAUCAACACUGAUGUGCAACAAUUUAAUAAGAAAAUCAAUUCCGCGUCUCAAACUCUUCAAAAACAACUCCCUGGUCUUAAGAUCGUCAUAUUUGACAUUUUCAAGCCGCUCUACGACAUUGUCAAGUCCCCUUCAAAAUAUGGGUUUAAGGAAGCGAAGAGAGGCUGCUGUGGGACGGGGACAGUGGAGACAACCGUGUUCUUGUGCAAUCCAAAGUCACCAGGAACAUGUCCAAAUGCCACUGAGUAUGUAUUUUGGGAUGCUGUCCAUCCAUCAGAGGCUGCUAAUCAGGCUCUUGCUGAUACCUUGAUUAUUCAAGGAAUCAGCCUUAUUGGAUGAAGUCAAGCAUAUUUUUACAAUGUUUUUCUAUAUGUGAAAUGUCUCAAUUGUGUUGCUCUUUCUGGGUUUUAUAUAUGCAUUCUUGUUUAUGAUAAGGUCAGUAUUUUAUCGUAGGACUUAUUAUGUAACGGAAGCUUAUCUGGUAAACAGAGUUCUAUGUUAUUUUUGCUUUAAAUAUUUAGUAGACUUCAAUGAAGUCUAAAUUGUAACAA